AAUUAAGGAACUAGAAAGUUGAAAACAUUAACCUUGUCAGUUGUCCCAUCUCAAAACCUAACCUUUUAGCCCAAUUUCAAAUCCCUAAUAAUAAACAAUUCCCAUUUUUAUCAAAUGAAUACGUCGCAGUUUAUGGACAAGCAGAUAAUGGAUUUGACUUCAUCAUCAUCAACGACACAGCAAUCGCAAGUUUCAUUGUCGUCGUCGUCGCCGCCGAAGCAAAGCAGUAAAGAUUUUAUUGAUCUUAUGAAUCCUCCGCAGGACGACGACCACCAUCACCAGAGUCUUUACAAUACCGAUAGUAUAAUUGGCGGUGCCGAUAACGGGAUAAGAAAGGAGGAGAUCCUUCCUAAUUACGAUUUCCAGCCGAUUCGUCCUAUUGCUUCGAGUCUUGAUUCUUCUACUAUUGCUGGCAUCAGUGGAGGUGCUGCCGCUUCUUCUAGGGUUUGGAAUUCUGCCGAUUCUAAAUCUAAUUCCACUUCCUUUCCUGUUAGAAAUUAUGGUUCUUUGGACUCUAUUGAACCUGCAAAGGUGGUUGUUGAGAAGGAUCAGAAUGCUUUGGGUGCAGCAAUAGUGAUGGAGAUUGAUAAAACUAUGAAGAAACAUGCUGAUAGUUUGCUGCAUAUCAUGGAAGGUGUUAGUGCACGGCUGACACAGCUGGAGAGCAGAACCCGCAACCUUGAGAAUUCUGUGGAUGACUUGAAGUUGUCGGUUGGAAACAAUAAUGGAAGCACGGAUGGGAAGAUGAGACAACUGGAGAACAUUUUGAGAGAGGUGCACUCAGGAGUGCAAGUUUUAAAGGAGAAGCAGGAAGUAGUUGAGGCUGAGCUGCAACUUGCUAAGUUGCAAGUGUCCAAAGCAGAUCAGCAACAAUCAGAAACCCAACACUCUGGGCACAUGGGCACUAUUGUGCAUCAAGCAGCAUCUGCCCCUCCACAAUCUCACCAACAGCUGCAGCAAGCUGCAUGUGCCCCUCCACAGUCUCAUCAACAGCUUCCUCCUGUCUCUUUUCCACAAUCUAUUCCUCCAGUUUCUGUCCCACUUCCUGCUGUCCCUCCCCCCACUCUUCCUCUACAGAAUUUACCACCUCAAGCUCCACUUCCAAAUCAAUUUCCACAAAGUCAAAUCCCAUCUGUCCCUCAUAGGGAGCCUUACUAUUCUGCAUCUGGUCAAACUCAAGAACCCCCAAAUCCACAAUACCAGGUGCCUCCAUCACAGCAGCCACAACCUUCUUCUGCAGCACCACCACCACAUCAACCUUAUCAGCUUGUACCUCAACCACAUUAUUCUCUGCCACCUCAAUUGCCUCAACCUCAGCCUUCAGCAGCUCACCAUCCUGAAGAGGCACCUUACGUUCCCCCUCAGAGUUACCCACCAAGCUUACGCCAACCAUCCUCUCAGUCACCCAGUGGGGCUCCUACUUCCCAACCAUUUUAUGUGGCUCCUUCACCCCACAUGUUUGAACCACCAUCUAAUCGGCCAAGCUCAGGGUUCCCUGCUGCAUAUGGCCCACCUUCUGGGCCUACUGAACCAUAUCCUUAUGGUGGAUCAUCAUCUCAGUAUGGUGGCAACACUACAAUGAAACCACAACAGCUCUCUUCUUCCUCUAUGUCGCAGAGUGGUGGAAGUGGGUACCCUCAGCUUCCCACUGCUCGGGUAUUACCACACGCAUUACCUACUGCUUCUGGGGUUGGCAGUGGCUCUGGUUCUUCUGGAACUGGAAACAGGGUUCCCAUUGACGAUGUGGUCGACAAGGUAACUAACAUGGGAUUUCCAAGAGAACAUGUUCGAGCAACCGUUAGAAAGCUGACAGAGAAUGGCCAGCAAGUGGACCUGAACAUAGUGUUGGAUAAACUGAUGAAUGAUGGAGAAGUUCAACCCCAGAGAGGUUGGUUUGGCCGGUAACAUGUUCGUUUACUAAUAUUGAUGUAUAGAAUUACCCAUGUUUCCAGAUUGACUUUGCCAAGAGAGACAGUUCGCAUGAAGAGGAAAGGUUAUUGUCCGCUGGAUGCUUCUUCCUUCCUCGCAUAAUUUUUCAGUUUUAUGUGGUUGUUUUGAAAUCUCAUUCAUACUUGUAUUAUCUAGCUCUGGUUUUAUUAUUGCCUGCCUUAAUUCGGGUUGUGUAUACAAAUAAUUUGAAGAAGCUUAUCAAAUAUUCUAUUUGUUCUUA